GACAUCCCGCUCCCAUACUGAGCCGAUCUCAAUCGUCACGCGGAGACUACACUGAUUCAGCUGCGAUGAAGCUUUCGGUCCUGAUGGCAACGGUGGCGGCCACAAUAGCCAUGGCCUCACCCGCCGCGGUACGUCAAUGACUGGGAAGUUGAUGAUGAGUAAUUGAAAGUUGCUGAUGAAUUGACGACAGGUUAGCCUUGAGCGCUUGUCCAAGGUGUCUCGCGAUGCAGAUAACGCUGUUAUCACGACGCCUUGCGUGGAGUGCCCUUGCAUUGGCUUCGGCGGGCCCUGCACCUGCGUUCCAAACGGCUGCUGCUGCACUUGAAGGGGAGACAGCCAGGCUCCAUCUGGGUUAAAUUGAGAGACUGGACGAAUAGAUAUGGGUCGCGGUAGACUUGUCGCCCAUACAGCGACUGUAGUUUGCGUAUGGUGGAGUCAGUGAUGGGGAUGCAUGUAUACACGUAUCGCAAUGGGUGUUUGGAAUGGCUGGGAGCUGUUUAGCUGCGAAGGAGAACGGAGUGUGGAGGGGGACUUGGAUUUUGGAAUGUUGCUUAGCUACUUACGUAGGUAGUAUUCGGUCUGCGCAUAGCACCAGCCCCAUCAUGAGACAUUGAUUACAUUUGAAGAUGUGAAUUGACUACAUGUAAGUCAGUAAGUAGUAGUAGUAGUAGUAGUAGUAGUAGUAGUAGUAGUAGUAGUAGUAGUAGUAGUAGUAGUAGUAGUAGUAGUAGUAGUAGUAGUAGUAGUAGUAGUAGUAGUAGUAGUAGUACUGUACACAUGUACUUGCUUAAGUAAGUACCUAGGUACCUACAUAUGUAUGUACAUAUAUCAGACAGCUCUCGGGUGCACUUGCCCCGCGUUGGCGUAUCCUGCCAAAAUAGAAGGGACGAAGGAAGGCAGGCAGGCUCGAUCGAUGAGCCGCCCCACAAAAAAGUUGACUUCCUUGCUCGCUCGCGCGCGCGCGCCAAACUCUGGUCACAGCCAGCCAGCCAGCCUCAAUUGAGCGUCCCACUACAUCAACAUCACUACCAUCUACCAUUACCGCUGCCGCUACCGCCACCCCGAAUGGCCAUGUUCCAGAACAUAUGCGCCAUUCCGCUGGACCACGACCUGUUCACCCAGACUGUCCACCCGGAGGAGCCUAUUGUCUCGGUUGGCCUUUCUUCAGGCCAUGUCCAGACGUACCGGCUCCCUGCAGGCGCGAGCGACGAGAGCGACGCCGAUGAGACGCUUGCUUCGGAGAGCGGCUUCGGCCAUAUAGAGACAGCCUGGCGCACAAGGCGACACAAAGGAAGCUGCAGAGCCCUGGCCUACAGCCACGAUGGAUUGCAGCUGUACUCGGCUGGCACUGACGGUAUCGUCAAAGCUGCUGACCUUACAACAGGCCAGGUCGCUGCCAAAAUUGCAGUACCAUUGGAUCCUGCCACAGCCCGAAUUGAUGCCCCUUCCAUCGUCCACGCCCUGUCCCCGCAGACACUCCUCCUGGGCACCGAUUCGUCCGCCCUUCACCUGUAUGAUCUCCGUGAACUGGGACCCAAGACUGCCUUGAAACCCCACCAAACACAUCAUCCACACGACGACUACAUCUCCUCCCUCACACCAUUACCCCCGACCUCGGAAAGCACGAGCGGCUUCAGCAAGCAGUGGGUCAGUACUGGAGGAACCACAUUAGCCGUCACAGACCUGCGAAGAGGCGUCAUGGUACGCAGUGAGGAUCAGGAAGAGGAGUUGCUAAGCUCCGUCAUGGUCACUGGUUUAUCUAAGAAAGGCACCAGUGUCGGCGAAAAGGUCCUCGUGGGCGGAGGAAAUGGUGUCUUGACCUUGUGGGAGCGAGGCGUAUGGGACGACCAGGACGAGCGCAUUACCAUUGACAAAACUCCUGGAGGCGGCGAAAGCCUCGAUUCGCUUGCUCUCCUCCCUGCUGGUGUGGGUCCUGGCGGCAAGGUUGUAGCGGUCGGCCUCGGUAACGGCAUUAUACGCUUCGUCAAGGUCGGGGCGAACAGGAUUAUUGGUGAGCUUUCCCACGACGAGUUGGAGAAGGAGGGCGUCAUUGGGCUAGGCUUUGAUGCAGAUGGGCGCAUGAUUAGUGGGGGUGGGAAGACAGUCAAGGUUUGGGGUGAGAAAGGCCCAAGUGAUAGUCAAGAGGACGACGAGCAUGAAGAAGAGGACCUUGCAAGCGCUGCCAACGGGGCCAAGCGUGACCAUGGUAACGACUCGGAUGAAAACAGUGACGAGGACAUGGAAGAUAGCAGCGACGACGGCAAACCCUCGCAGAAGAGGAAGAAGAGAAAGAGGAGCAAAGGAAAGCAGCAGCAAAAAGGCCACGGCAUUCUCGGGUUUUCCGGCCUGGCAUGAAGCGUAGCGUCAUCUCGAACUUGCCCACGUAGAUCUCGAUGGGUGAUCGGAAGGCGCAAUUGCUACACCGACGUGCCGCCUACUAACUUGGUGAAACACCACGUGGCGUGGCGUCCCUGGACAUUGAUAAAGUCCAGCAGUAUUCCUAUCGGAAUGGAAAGGAAUUUGUACUUGCUUUUCAUUGGCUUGUAUCAUGAUUGACAAGGAUGGCAACGCUCGGGUAGGUGCCUAUAUAUGUUUCAACGCGUUAUGUCUGCAUAGCCUUGAGGAGGCACGCCCUGUAGUGUCUGAAUGCUCUCUCAAUUGGAAUUCACUUAUCGGCCUUGUUCUCUCGCGCCAACGUCAUCUUGGCCGCAAAACCUUCAAGUCAUAUAUUUUUUGAUUGCAUCAAAAGUCCCCGACUAUCACCAGCCAUCUUAGCUCUCUUAAUUUAUGUCUCGGCGACGCCCAUUGGCCAGGAUUGCUCU